AUGGAAGAAGCCAACCAGACAAAUGUCAGCUACUUCAUCCUACUGGGAUUCACUACCACUGCAGAGCUUCAGAUUCUUCUCUUUGUCCUAUUUCUCAUUGCAUACUUAAUGAUCCUCAUGGAGAAUUUGAUAAUCAUCACAGUGAUUUGGAUCAAUAAUAAUCUUCAUAAACCCAUGUACCUCUUUUUGUGUAACCUCUCUUUCCUUGAAAUCUGGUACAUCACAGUAAUUGUUCCUAAAAUGUUGGGAGAUUUUCUAUCACAAGACAAACGAAUCUCCUUCCAAGGUUGUCUAACACAGCUAUAUUUUUUUGUUACCUUUGUUUGCAGUGAAUAUAUUCUUCUAGCUGUGAUGGCUUACGAUCGGUACUUAGCUAUAUGCUAUCCACUUCGUUACCCAGUCCUCAUGAACAAUAAUUUCUGUGUUCAGCUUUCAGCAGGAUGCUGGAUAUGUGGUUUACUCACCUCCAUGAUCAAACUGAGCUUUAUUGGCCANAUUCAAUCCAACAAACUUGUGUCAGUACUCUACACUGUGAUAGUUCCUCUUUUGAACCCUCUAAUAUAUUGUCUCAGAAAUAAAGAGAUAAAUUGUGCCUUGCGGAAGACAUUUUUUCGCUAA